AUGGAUGUUGUUUAACCAUUGAGAAUUGCACUCAUUUUGCGUAUAGGACACCAGGGUAAAUAUAUUAUUUGAAUAGAACAUUACAAGUGCUGAAAUGAUAUGGCUUCCUGCAGGGUUUUACAUGGCAGAGAGACAUGCAUUUCCUUCCCACUGUAGACCUGUCUAUCGGGGACCUACGCAUGCCCUUCAAUGAAGAGGUUAAGUACUGUCUCCUGAGCAUCUCUGUAACCCUCUUCCUGAUUGCUAUGGGCAUUCUGGUGUGGCAAUUAUACCGUUACUGCUCACAGGCUCCAAAGGGACCUGGUAAGUUAACAAAAAUUAAUCUAAGUUAUCAGUUGGUUGUUGGUCAAACCAUAUAUGGGUCAAGCACCAAUAUACAGUAGAAUUGGAUGGAAUAAUAAUUCAAGUACUGAACAUUCUUUAUCGUAAACUCCUACAUUGUUUGGAUAAGACUUUGGCUCAUGAGCAGGAGACAAGUUGUUAUGCUGCUUUAACUCUCUAUUCAAUGCAGUGGAUGACUUACUUUCAUCUGAUGGCAAGCCAGCAAAGACAGGAGACUUCCACACAGAAACCCAGAGGCCUAAUUUUAAGGUAAGAGCUCUCUAUUACUUGUAACCAUUAAUUCCUUUGGUUACUCACAAGGAACGCUCUCCCAUUUUGUCUUAUGUCUACACUGAAAUAUGGAGCAACAAGCUUCUACUACGAUGAAUAGCUAACAUUCUGUGUGUAUCUUUGCAGUCAUGCUGUUCUUGGAUGCACGUAAAUCAAACAGAGGGCUUAUCUCAGUGAGCUGUGGUUUAGAGAGUUUUUCUCUUGGUGUUUGCCUACCAUAGUCAGUUUUCACACAUUUUAAUAUACAGUGAGAGAUAUCAGAGUUGACAAAAGUUACUAGGGUUAGUCAUAUGAAUUAGCUUGGGGCUGUAGUAUUUUUGUCAAAUAACCCAACAGCCUACAACAACAAAUGAAUACAGCACAUCUCAAAAACUCACUCUUAAACACACUGAAAUAGACAGUAUGACCAUAUCUGCUCCCCAGGUGGAGAAGCUCCAUGAAGAGGCGCAGAGGUUGAGCCGUUGCCUGUCCAUGGGCAGCCAUGUGGAGCUGCCCAGCCUGGGGAACCAGCUGGAGGAGGAGGUGAAGGGCUCCCUGCGCUUCUCCCUCUACUAUGACCAGCUGCAGUCCAGACUGGUGAUCACCGUCCUGGAGGCCCUGGUCCUGCCGGUCAGGGACUUCAGCCGCAGUGUGGACCCCUUUGUGAGGGUUCGGCUGCUAUGGGCCAGGCAUGAUGAUGAGGAGGAGGAGAAGGGGGAGCAGUCCUCUCCUUCACUGAAGUGUGUGCUCCAUGAGUGGCAGACCCAUAUGGUGAAGGACAACAGCAGCCCUACGUUUGGGGACCAGUUCUCGUGCUCUCUGGAGGAGGAGGAUGUCCCUCACACCACCGUCAGGUUUGAGGUACAUAACAUGGUGUUAGAUUGACUAGCUAAUUAAAUCAGAUAACCUAAAUAUUUUCCUAUUUUCUGCAGGUCAGAGACUUUGACAAGUUCUCCAGGCAUGGGUUCCUGGGAGAGGUCAGAGUUUCUCUGUGCGAUAUGAACAUCUCAUACCCUCUUGAAGUUCUGGAGGAUUUACAGACACCACAAAAGGUGGAUGAUACACUCUAUCUGGACCUACACUCCCAACAUAUUUAUUUGGACAGUUUAUUUUGGCUCUAUACUCCAGCAUUUUGGAUUUGAGAUCAAAUGUUUUUUAUGAGGCGACAGUUUAGAAUGUCAUCUUCUAUUUGAGGGUAUUUUCAUACAUCACCGUUUAGAAAUGAAAGCACUUCAUGUAUCUAGUCUCCACAUUUUAAGUAUUUGGCAAAUUCACUUAUAGUGUAUUACAUUUAGUCAAAGUUUAGUAUUUGGGCCCAUAUUCCUAGCACACAAUGACUACAUCCCACUUGCGACUCUACAAACUUGUUGGAUGCAUUUUCAGUUUGUUUUGGUUGUGUUUCGGAUUAUGUUGUGCCCAAUAGAAAUGAAUGGUAAAUAAUGUGUUGUGUCAUUUUAUCAUUAGGAGAGGUUAGCUUUUUUAAAGGGAUAUGAUAUUUAUGCCUCUGUAACUUUCUCACUCAUCAUUAUUCACGAUUAAUUCAUGAUUAUCCAUAAUCAUGGUAGCAUCCACAUUAAUGUAGAAGGGUUAAGACAUAUAUUAUAUUCUUAUUUACAAUAAAAGUGACUCCAAAAUGAUGCAAUAAAUUAUUAAGCAUUCAUUUCUAUUGGGCACAACAUAAUCCGAAACACAAACAAACAAAAAACUGCAAAUGCAUCCAACAAGUUUGUAGAGUCACAAGUGUGAUGUAGUCAUUGUGUUCUAGGAAUUUGGGACCAAAUACUGAACUUUGACUAAAUUGAAUACACUAUAAGUGAAUUUGUCCAAAUACAUAUGACAUCUUCAGAUGGGGGGACUAGAUACAUAAUGUGCUUUCAUUUCUAAACGAUAAAACAGAUAUGUAUGCAGAAACCCUCAAAUACAGUGGGGAGAACAAGUAUUUGAUACACUGCUGAUUUUGCAGAUUUUCCUACUUACAAAGCAUGUAGAGGUCUGUAAUUUUUAUCAUAGGUACACUUCAACUGUGAGCGACGGAAUCUAAAACAAAAAUCCAGCAAAUCACAUUGUAUGAUUUUUAAGUAAUUAAUUUGCAUUUUAUUGCAUGACAUAAGUAUUUGAUACAUCAGAAAAGCAGAACUUAAUAUUUGGUACAGAAACCUUUGUUUGCAAUUACAGAGAUCAUACGUUUCCUGUAGGUCUUGACCAGGUUUGCACACACUGCAGCAGGGAUUUUGGCCCACUCCUCCAUACAGACCUUCUCCAGAUCCUUCAGGUUUCGGGGCUGUCGCUGGGCAAUACGGACUUUCAGCUCCCUCCAAAGAUUUUCUAUUGGGUACAGGUCUGGAGACUGGCUAGGCCACUCCAGGACCUUGAGAUGCUUCUUACGGAGCCACUACUUAGUUGCCCUGGCUGUGUGUUUCGGGUCGUUGUCAUGCUGGAAGACCCAGCCACGACCCAUCUUCAAUGCUCUCACUGAGGGAAGGAGGUUGUUGGCCAAGAUCUCGCGAUACAUGGCCCCAUCCAUCCUCCCCUCAAUACGGUGCAGUCGUCCUGUCCCCUUUGCAGAAAAGCAUCCCCAAAUAAUGAUGUUUCCACCUCCAUGCUUCACGGUUGGGAUGGUGUUCUUGGGGUUGUACUCAUCCUUCUUCUUCCUCCAAACACGGCGAGUGGAGUUUAGACCAAAAAGCUCUAUUUUUGUCUCAUCAGACCACAUGACCUUCUCCCAUUCCUCCUCUGAAUCAUCCAGAUGGUCAUUGGCAAACUUCAGACGAGCCUGGACAUGCGCUGGCUUGAACAGGGCGACCUUGCGUGCGCAGCAGGAUUUUAAUCCAUGACGGCGUAGUGUGUUACUAAUGGUUUUCUUUGAGACUGUGGUCCCAGCUCUCUUCAGGUCAUUGACCAGGUCCUGCCGUGUAGUUCUGGGCUGAUCCCUCACCUUCCUCAUGAUCAUUGAUGCCCCAUGAGGUGAGAUCUUGCAUGGAGCCCCAGACCAAGGGUGAUUGACCGUCAUCUUGAACUUCUUCCAUGUUCUAAUAAUUGCGCCAACAGUUGUUGCCUUCUCACCAAGCUGCUUGCCUAUUGUCCUGUAGCCCAUCCCAGCCUUGUGCAGGUCUACAAUUGUAUCCCUGAUGUCCUUACACAGCUCUCUGGUCUUGGCCAUUGUGGAGAGGUUGGAGUCUGUUUGAUUGAGUGUGUGGACAGGUGUCUUUUAUACAGGUAACGAGUUCAAACAGGUGCAGUUAAUACAGGUAAUGAGUGGAGAACAGGAGGGCUUCUGAAAGAAAAACUAACAGGUCUGUGAGAGCCGGAAUUCUUACUGGUUGGUAGGUGAUCAAAUACUUAUGUCAUGCAAUAAAAUGCAAAUGAAUUACUUAAAAAUCAUACAAUGGGAUUUUCUGGAUUUCUGUUUUAGAUUCCGUCUCUCACAGUUGAAGUGUACCUAUGAUAAAAAUUACAGACCUCUAGAUGCUUUGUAAGUAGGAAAACCUGCAAAAUCGGCAGUGUAUCAAAUACUUGUUCUCCCCACUGUAAAAGGUGACAUUCUGUACUGUCGCCUCAUAUAAAACAUUUGAUCUCAAAUACAAAAUGCUGGAGUAUAGAACCAAAUUCUAACUUUUAGCUUCACUGUCCAAAUAAAUACGUAGGGGAGUGUAUGUUCAAAUUAUAUCAAUCCUGUCUGUGUACUGUCAUGACUUUAGUAAUACAGUAUUACCAUUUCCAGGACAUGGUUGGAGAGGUGCUUCUCUCUCUAAAGUACCUCCACACCCUCCAGAGGCUAGAGGUGGGUCUGCUGAAAAUCAGGGCACUGCCUCAGCCAAGUAAAAUAGACAAAGGUAAAUGCCACUUUUCUUGUGGGAUAAACUCAUUGUUGAGCAGAAGUUGCAUACUGUUGCGUUGUAGAUACAGGUAGGAUUGAUUGGUGAUUGUUUAAAAAAGUUACAAUUUCAUUGUUCUAGUUCAGUUGUAUGCCAGGAUCAGUGUCCUCUGUAACCAGUUCAAGCUGCGGCAUCAGAAGUCCACUACUAAGACCCUGUGCGAAGUGACCGUCUUCAACGAAGUCAUGAUGUUCACACUGCCAGACCCACUGAUCAGGGCGUGCUGCAUUGUGGUCUCUGUGUACGAGAUCCAUGCAGCCAGGAAGUCAUCCAAACGCCUGGUUGGCCAGGUCACCUUUGGAAAGGGAAAGAGCUCAGAGGAUGAACACUGGAGUUUGAUGAUGCGAUCAAUUUGUCAGCCAAUAGCCAAGUGGCAUCCGCUGUUGAUCUGA